AUGGAGAAGUCCGGCAACGCUGGUGACAGAAGCACCGUGCCGCGACCGGCAACGGCAGCCCCGCUGUCGCGGCAUCAGCAGCGGCGCCACAACAAGGCGGACGGCAGACCUCGGCCGAAAUCAUCGUCGGGGUGGACGCAAAAUUUGGCCCCAGACGAAAGCAAUAGUGUAUUGUGGUGGGUGCUUGGCGCCGUCAUCAUGCUCCUCAUCGCCGUGCUGCUCACGUCAGAUGUACUGUUUAUCAGGCAGCACGGAGGCGACGACGACGACGGUGGCGACGGAAAGGCAACCAAGCCGACGCAGCCUCUUCACACCCCACCGCCGCGCACCUUUGCGGAGAAGACGGCGGACGCCGCAGGCCGUGAGGCACAGACAGGCAGCAGCAGGAACGGGGGGAGUUCGCAGCCAUCGUGCUACACGCUCGAAGAGUACAGUGUGAAGUUUGUGAUGGCUGUGCAGAAAAGGCAACAGCAGCAGACGCCGCAGCAUUUCUACCGCUGUGGCACGCGUCUAACUGACAUGAACACCGAAGUGAACAAGAGCGUGGUGGACCUCUGCGCAGCGGUGGCGGGGCCCACAUCGUUCCCAACGCUUCGUGUGUAUCUUGCGGGUGCCUUUGAGGAAAAGGCGCACCUCCGGCAGAAGCACAAUAUCGCCGCUCAGCGCAUCCUGCUCGAGCGGCUCAACGAUGACUACUGCGAUUGCCUCGACGGCACAGAUGAGUUGCAAACAACUGCUUGCAGCAUGUCUGGCGCGGUAACACCGCUUAGCCACAAUCGGUGGAAACAGUAUCUGACGUCCAAUGCACAAGUACGGUUGUAUGAGGAGGAGGAGGCGCCGUCGAAGCAGCGCACCGAACGACUCCUGCGUCGAUUGGGCGGCCCGGUGCUCCCGUUCCGCUGCCGCAACGAUCCGGACGUGUGGCUCGCGCCUUCACGCGUCGGCGACGGCGUCGUGGAUUGCUGCGAUGGGAGCGACGAGGAGCCACAGCAUCAGGAGCAGGGAAACGAGGUGCUGCAGCGGUGGAGCUCACGGGUUACCGCGAUGGCGCGGUACCUCGGUGGUGCGAGCGGCCCCAUGAGUCGCCUCUACCCCGCUUCCAACCGCAGCCGCAACGUCGCUGGGAUGCUGCUGGACAAUGGCCUCACUGCGCUCAUGAGUUGUCGUCGCGUGAAGGCGGAGCGAAUGCGUGACGCGUACGCGCUUCAUGAGCUCGUAAAGCUGGGCCAUGCCGUGUACAAGGAACGCAAAGCCAGUGGGUGGGAGAAAUACGGAAAGGGCCUCGUGGAGAGGCAGGAACGCUUGGAGGCGCUUCUGCAAUCCACAGAAGAAAAGUUCAAGGAAGUUCGGGAAGGUAUUAAGCAACGCAUGGAUGCUGUAAAGGCCCCCAAUCCUUUUGUUGCUGGUAUCCCUAAGGAAGAGCUCGAUGAGGCGGAGGAGUUAUUUCAGCAGAUUCGGCGCCUACAAAUAGAGCUGAGGCACGUCUACAUGACGCUCGGAUUCCGCUGGCUUGGUGAUGACUAUGAGUUCUACCCUCUCGCCGAUGCUCACUACGAUGUGCCGAUGGACCGCGUGGUGAGUACGGCGCAGAGCAGUGCAGAAUCUGUGCAGCAGAGGAGCGAGGGGUAUCGCUACAAUGACUCGUAUGUUCUGAAGGCGCCGCCGGUGCAUGUUGACAAUGUAUCGUACCAUAUCAUGUCCCUCUUCCCGUAUGUGCACCUGAUUGGAGUGCAGAACCUAACGGAGUGGCAGGCGACGGUCUUCCUCCGCCGCUCUGGCGAGCUCGCGGCCAAUGAAACUUUCAACGCGUCGGGGAGCAAAGACAUCAACCGUGGCCCGCCGAUUAUUUUCGGCCACUGGCAUCCCGACAUCACAGAGACGUCGGUCGACGGCUUCGCCUCGCUCGACCCGUCGGGCGGUGCGGUGCUGCUGCGCCGUCUGCUUGUCGCCGACCCCGCGCCGGUGCUAGGGGGCGUGNCACGGGGCGGUUGCGGCGGGUGCUUCACAUUGCGAAGACCGAGUCCUCGCAAGAGAAGCUGA